AUGGACAGGUAUCCAGUAACACCUCCUCCACGCGAAUAUCGAAACCAACAAACACCAACCAAUUCUCGGGACUUCCAAAGCUCAUGCCAAGUCCAACUACCGGCAGCCAAACCAGACAACUCCACAGUAUUCCCAAACGCCAAGAGGAAGUGCGAAGCCAGAUCUUCGUGUGAGCGACCGGAGAAAGCUAGAAAAGGAAAUGAUUCUUCGCCCAUCUUCUUGGCCGGGAUCUUCGACAACGCAGAUGCCGAAGCUUCGAAUGCGACUUACGGGGGCCGGUACGAACGAGAGGUCGACAGAAAUCUGAGGCAAGGGGCACAAAAAGCUGCGGCACUAAAUUCCUUGGAUGACCCCUUUGUUGACACUCCUCCGAGUCUUCACAACGAAACUCGUGAGAGUGUUACCGAGUCAGACAGAAAAACAUACCUCCACGCAAAAUUGAAGCAAAUGGAAAAGGAGAUUGAGCGUCUACAGGAUAGCUCAAAGAGGAUGACGCGUGCUCAGUCUCAAGAACUCGCCCGUAUUUCCGACGAGUAUGCCCGGCUUUGUGCAGAGCUCCACCAUAUUCCCCUAGACCGUUCUCCCUCGGCCUCGAGCGCACCGCUACCAUCGAGCGACAGAAACGCGGACGUCGACAUGGAUAGACACGAUAACCGUACCAGCCCCAACACCAGCUGCAACACCAGCAUCAACAAUAGCUCUCAUACCUACCAUCACAACAACACGGACAGCAGCUACGACACCGACAGCACCGGCAGCAGCAGCUCCAGCUCCGACGAUAUGAUCAUACCCCCUGCCAUACGCCUCCGCACCCUGCAGGACUUUGAACACUACCAGUAUUACGAGAGAAUCGAAUUCAAACGCACAAAAUUUGGGUUGUACCAAGAUGCCCCAAAAGUGCACAGACACGUAAAGGAGGAAAAGCUGUUUCUUUUGCUCACCAACAAGAACAGACGGUUGAAGAAGUACUGGGAUCCGCUGUCGCAGCGGUUGGGGGAGAUGUGCUCCGAGAGGUACAUUAGGCUGGCGUCGAGAAGUCCGAGUGAUAGUGCCCCGGGAUUUUAUGAGAAUCGAUGGAAAUAG